AUGCCGAACACAAGAAGAAAGCGACAAGAGGAUGUGCCUGUGGAGGUCACUGAUACUUCAUCAGAAGUAGAAGCCUUAAGAAAUGAGAUACGGCAAAUCAAAGCAGAGAGGAUUCUGAAAACUGUGAUACCACUUCCUCGGCAAAACUCAUUUGAUGGAACAUCAUCACUACUUGCGUUCAAAAAUCAAUUUGAGACUCUCGCAUUUUCAAGUGGAUGGAACUCAGAAGAAAAACGAAUAAGGCUUGCGUCAGCUCUACAAGGGGAGGCAGCCGAAUAUAUAUUCGAAUUGCCAAGCUUUAAUGAACUGACUUAUGACGAGCUCAUGACUAGUCUGCUGCGACGCUUCGGAGACCGUCGUCGUGCUGCGUCAUACCUGGCGAAAUUGGAGUCAAGAAAAUUGGAAAGGACUGAAUCCAUUGCCGAAUAUGUAGCCGACAUACGCACAUUGACAAAUAAAGGCUACCCAAGAGCAGACGCUGUGACAAGAGAGUCGAUCGCCAUUCGGCAUUUUGUGAAAGGGUUGAAUGAUCAACAUUUAACAAUAACUGUGGGGAUGAAAGAGCCUGCAUCACUAGAAGAAGCCAUGGACAUUGUUGAAAUGUAUAGGAGUUUGAAGGAGGAAGAAAUGAGCAGUACAGGAUCAAGAAUUCGACAAGUAACUGCAUCAAGCCCGGUGACGGAGGAGCGUCUCAAUGCAUUCGGGGAAAAGCUGACGUCAGAAUUGUCACAGAAAGUAAGUGAACUUGCUAACGUAUUAUCAAACAUCUGUACAGACAUUCAAGGACGCCAGUAUGGUGCUCAUACUCGUGGUCGUGGAAGAAGUCGCGGACGUGGGCAUGGGAGAAAUGUGAACUACGGUCGAAAUAAAGAUCACAUUACAUGCUACAACUGUGGUGUUCAAGGACAUUUCGCGCGGGAAUGUAGCCAACCUGAACAACCAUUCAAGGUGAGUGGACAACAACAAAGCCAAUCUUCGAUGUCGGGAAACUAG